AUGGCUACUAUUCUAUUAAGUUGUUUUUUUAUAUUAUAUCUUUUUAUUGAUCAAACUGUUCAAGCACCGUUGGAGACUCUUAAGACUGUUUCAUCCAAAUGUGAAAAUAUAACCUAUGAAAAACGAUUUAUAGAUGGUGAAUGUAUGAUAUUAUAUCACAAUAAAUUAUUCAAAGAAAAUGACUUAUUAAAUACGGAUAAUCAAUGGUGUAAGGUUAGUCGAUGUUCAUUAGAAUCAGUAUUCUAUUAUCUAUGUACAGUGAAAUUUAAAGAUUUACUACAAAAUAUGUGUCGAUUACUUGUUAAAAAUAAUCAUUUGAAUUAUUCAAUCAAUGAAACAACGAAACAACGUAUUGAUUGUUGCUAUAAACGUUGUACCUUAAGUGAUAUUGAAUAUUUAUAUUUUAAUCUUGUUCCAGCCGAUAUGGACGUAAUCAAUUAUAAAUAUUUGAACGAUAAUCAUUUGAAGGGAUUGAAUAACUACAAAUACAGUGCCGUAGAUACAUCACCAGUAUCUAAUUAUAUUAUGCAACCAUUUUGGAAUCGAUGUGUAGAGUUUUUCCCAUUAUGGUUUGCUCCAAACUUAAUGACAUUACUUGGUUUUUUAUUAUUAGUUGUUAAUUUCAUUCUAUUUUCAAUCUAUGAUUAUGAUUUUUCCGAAACAACAUCGAUUCCCAGAUGGUUAUGGCUUGUGGCUGCAAUUUAUGGUAUGGAUGGUAAACAAGCUCGUCGCACUAAAGCAAGCAGUGCUCUUGGGGAAUUAUUUGAUCAUGGUGUAGAUAGUUGGGCAUCAUUUUUAUUUCCUGUGUGUGUUUUUUCCGUAUUAUCUCGAGAUGAAUAUGGUUUUAGUGUAAUUGCCAUGCAUUUUCUAUUAUGGACGAUUUAUAUAUCAUUUAUCGAUUCACAUUGGGAGAAAUAUAAUACGAAAAUUUUAUAUUUACCCUGGUCAUACGACAUAUCAAUGUUGUGUCGCUUAGUUGUUGCACAAAUGACAUCAACACGUUCAGAAGGACUAAAUUCAUUUUUAUAUGUUUAUGUUCCCAUACAAUGUUUAGUUGUAUUUGGUAAUUUAACAAAAGUUGUCGAGUUUACACUUUUACAUUUGUAUAAUAUUUAUGCCAUUAUUUUACACAUUCAUUAUGCUGUUUGUGUGGUAUGUUAA